AUGGAGUCAAAGGCACGAAAGCCGAACGAUAUCUACUUUGAGCCAUUGAACGACAACAUGACUCUCAGACUUCCACUUCCUGCCCCGGAACGAAUGUGGCUGGCGUGCAACGCCGAAGAGUGGAUGCUUGCGCGUGCACAGACACUGGGACGUUCGAUUCCACGCAAGUCAGCUGAAAGUGAUCGUGAACCGGUUCUUCGGACACAGGGAAAUGUCUUACAGGCAGUCCAUGCAGGAAAGGUGGAUGUUGCAUCGUAA